AUGACCGUGAGAACCAUUGAAUGGCGGGCUGGCGAGGUGAUCCUCAUCGACCAGCGGCGACUCCCCCGCAAAGAGGUCUACCGGGUCUGCCGCAACUACCGGCAGGUUGCCCAGGCCAUCCGCACCAUGGUGGUUCGCGGCGCCCCCGCCAUCGGCGUCGCCGCGGCCAUGGGCGUUGCCUUGGGCGCGCGCCGCAUCAGGCAUCCGAAGUCGGUCGGGUCGGUCAUGGAGCGGGUUUUCCGCACGCUGGAAGACACCCGGCCCACGGCCGUGAACCUUCAUUGGGCGCUGGCGCGCAUGCGGCGGACCUAUGAGGAGAACAAGGACGGCGGCCUGGAGUUGCUGAAGCAGCGACUCGAGGACGAGGCCAUGGAGAUUUACGAGGAUGACAUCGCCGCGAAUCGCAGGCUCGGCGGCCUGGGCGCCGGGCUGCUCAAGGGCUCGCGGCGCAUUCUGACCCAUUGCAAUGCCGGCGCUCUGGCCACCGCCGGUUACGGUACCGCCCUGGGGGUGCUGCGGGCGAUGAAGGAAUCGGGCGCGGCCAUCGACGAAGUGUUCGUGGACGAGACCCGGCCCUUCCUUCAGGGCUCCCGGCUGACGGCAUGGGAAUUGCUCAAGGAGGAGAUCCCGGUAACUCUCAUCACCGACAGCAUGAUGGGCUACGUGAUGCAAAGCAGGCAGGUCGAUGCCGUUGUCGUGGGAGCUGAUCGCGUGGCCGCCAACGGGGACGUGGCCAACAAGAUCGGAACCUACACGGUGGCGGUGCUGGCCCAGAGGCACGGCGUGCCCUUUUACGUGGCGUGCCCCACCUCCACGGUGGACCUCGGGUGUCCAUCCGGAGCCGACAUUCCGAUCGAGCAACGAAGCCAGGAUGAGGUGACCCACAUCGCGGGAAGCCGCAUCGCGCCGGACGGAGUCCAUACGCUGAAUCCGGCUUUCGACGUGACCGACCAUUCAUUGGUCUCGGCCAUCAUCACGGAGAAGGCGGUGGUUACGCCGCCCUAUAAAAAGAAUCUGCGGGCUGUGUGUUCUUCGACUUCGCUGCGCUACACUUGA